GCUGCUGUAGUCGGCAGUCAUUCACAGAAAGCUGGACCAGCAAUGGCAAUGCUGAAGGUUCUGCUGCUGCUGGGGCUGGGUGUUUCAGUGAAAUCAGAUGUUUCUCUGCAGAAGAGAAUCGUUGGAGGUUAUGACUGUGAUGACGGGGAGCGUCGUUAUCAUGUUCGCCUGCAGUGCAAGAAAGAUGCAGAAAAUAUACGCUGUGGAGGAUCUCUGAUCCAUUCUCAGUGGAUUCUGACUGCAGCUCACUGCUGGAUGUCGGAGCCAGGAUGGACUAACGUAGCAAUGUUAAAAGUUCAUCCAGGGAAUGCUGGGCAGCAGAUUGAAGUAAGGCUCAAUGUUGAACCUGUGAAGUAUAUUCAUGACAAAGAGUGGCAUGACAUCGUGUUGCUGAAGCUUCGUAAACCAGUAAAAGACGUCCCACCUGCUCGGCUGCCAAGAUGCGAUAUUCGUCUUAGAGUAGGCGAUACAGUUCAGCUGGCAGGAGAAGGAGCAAUGACAAACGACCCCAAUAAUAAGCAAUUAUUCUUGUGUUUCUCUGCAUUACCCAAAAUUCCUCCAGUUCCAUCACGUCUUCAGUGUGUCGACAUGAGAGUUGAUGCGUUUUUCCUGUUCCUGGUGUCACGUGGGCGCAUAUUUCUUACUUCAGCACCAGACAAGAAUGCAUGUCAUGGCGACUCUGGUGCCGCAGCAGUGUACAACAACAUGAUUUACGGUGUAAUUUCUGCAACUGGAAUAGAUCCAUGUCAGAAAUCACCUGCAAUUAUAGAUGUGUGUGAAUACAUGGAUUGGAUAAAAGAAAUAACUGGCCUGGAAUAAAAUUCUUAUCAAAUUUGCUCUCCGAUGUAAUUUUGUAGUUGUAUCUUCAUCGGUUUGUUCCACAUGUUUGUAGAAUUAGGAUAAAUUAAUAGCUUUGUUUUUUGCCACCUGACCUUAAUGUAGCUUUCUCUGCCUCAGAAAUGAAAAAUAAAGCAAAAAAUGCAAGAAAAAGAAACA